AUGGCCCCGAAACCAGGUCCAGACUGGCGCGCUCAAAACACUACCCUCAAGAUUCUCGCCGCCGCCGAGGGAGGGGGAUAUGGCGUCCUCGCCACUGUCGCCUACAACAUCGAGCACGUCGUCGCCAUGGUGCGCGCCGCAGAGCUCGCCCGCUCCCCGCUCAUAAUCCAAUUCUUCCCCUGGGCCAUCACCUUCUCCUCGGGCCUCCUCAUCCACGCCGCGUCCCUGGCCGCGCGGUCUGCUUCCGUGCCCAUCGCCAUUCACCUCGACCACGCUCAAGACGCCGAUCUGAUCAGGCGAGCGGCGGAGAGCUUACCGUUUGACAGCAUCAUGAUUGACAUGAGCCACUGCGAGAAAGCCGAGAAUUUGAGGAAGACGGGGGAGUUGGUAAAGUAUUGUCACGAGAGGAGCAUCGCCACCGAAGCAGAGCCGGGGAGGAUCGAAGGGGGUGAGGACGGAGUGAUGGAUACGGAGGGCUUGGAAGGCAGUAUGACUACCAUGGAAGAGGUGGAGAAUUUUGCGAGGACGGGAGUGGAGGUGCUGGCGCCUGCUAUUGGGAACAUGCAUGGGGAGAACCCGUACGCAAAAUCCGAUCCAGAUUUGGAUUUUAAACGAUUAAGAGAAAUAAGGGAAAAGCUGGGAGGGAAGGUGAGAAUAGCGCUGCAUGGAACCAAUGGAUUUAAGCCGGAGCUCAUGCAGAAGUGCAUAGCCGAGGGGGUCACGAAGGUAAAUGUGAACAGACUUGUGCUGGAUGAGUACUCGGAGAAUCUAAAGUCAAAUGUGGACAAGAUGCCGUUGACGAGGCUUAUGGAGACAGGGGUUGAGAGAGUGAUCAACCAGACGCGGGAAUGGAUGGAGGUUUGUGGGAGUGCGGGAAAAGCGUGA